AUGUCGAAGCUGGUUUGCUCUCUGCUUCUCCUUUACUCUCUUCCAGCAGUGGUUCCCCUCUUCUGUUACACCUGUGUGUUUCCCGCCAUCUCACCUCUGGACUGCAUCAGAUUUCCUCUCAAGUGUCCGCCCGAACAGGUCUGCCUAUCCAGCAGAGCGGUGGGUGAGAAAGGAGACUUCCUUGUGGUGUUGUAUGAGAAGAGCUGUGUCCUGCCCUCCCUGUGUGGAGCCAAGGGAGAGAAACACACCAUGGGACUUAACUUCACCUUCACCAAUGAAUGCUGCAACACACACCUGUGCAACGGAGCCGAGGCACCUGCGACCCGCUACUGGACUGGCACAAUACUCACACUUCUCAUUUCAUACUCAGUUUGGUGA